CUGGACUAUUUGUAGCGUCUUUUUUACAGACAGAAACCCCUUCCCCUUUAAGAGAGAUGACCCCAGGAGAUGUUCGUCACCUGCCCCUUAUUAGUUCUGUGAGGCGGUGCUGUAUAACUCUGCAUAGCACACAUACAGCAGUGCACCUGUGUGUUGUCUGAGCGACAGCUUUGCGCGGACUCGCUUUCCCCUCGCAAGGGCAGUGUAACACUGUCCCGUUACUUUUGGCAAAUAGAGAACGUGUGGGCGUAGGCUACGUAAAAUAAAGAAACGGAUAAUGAUACAUGUUGGUAUAAAUCUACAGGGGAUCUUUAUGGUACCAUGAACAGGCGGUACACUUCACUAGAAAAGAACUGACAGCAGUUUGCAGCAGUUGAACGGAGCAGACAACAAACUUGGGAGUUGCAAAAUGCGCAGCUGUGUAACUAUUUUCUCUGUGGUCGUCGGAGCGCUCUCAUUUUCCACUGCGUGUCCGUCUGGUUGCCAGUGUUUGGAAGCCUCCACAACAGUUCAGUGUGUUUCAAUGGACCUCCGGGCAGUGCCCGGCGGCAUCCCGGGAUAUACCAAUCAUUUAGUCAUUACAGGGAAUUUGAUUCCAAGGAUCGGAUACGAGUCUUUUCAGUGGCUGGACAAUGUCACCAAUUUGAUUUUAAGCAACAAUAGUAUCACCGAGAUAGCAUCCCACACAUUCUCCUCUCUGACCAUGCUACGCUCUCUGGACCUGAAUGACAACCAGCUCACCCUUAUUCAUCCUGAGGCUUUCAUGGUGCCGGGCAGUCCUCUAGAAGAGCUCAACCUCAGCAACUCUCUCUUCAAUCACAAUUCACUCACUGACCUUAUUACUGCGCUCAGGUGGGGCGGCUUGAGGAGCCUCCGUCGCCUCGACCUCUCCGGCAAUAGUCUGCUCCUGCUUCCCCCAGGGAUGUUCUCUCCUCUCCCUAACUUGAGACAGCUGCGUCUGGACAACAACUCUCUGGUUGCCGUUUACAACGGUACAUUCUCUGGUGUGGAGCUGCUGGAGGAGUUGGACCUUACUGGCAACCGCUUCACAGCGUUCAGCGCCGAGGGGCUUCACGAACUGGAGAGGCUCGACAGGGCUCGGCUGCUGUUGGGGUACAAUCCAUACCGGUGCGUAUGUGAGACGGAAGAGUUCGCAAACUGGGUAAACAAUUCGAAAGUCCGAGUUGGAGACCCAGAGAAAUUGCGCUGCGCCUCUCCCGGACAACUGCGGCACGUCGCAGUGCAAGUGCUCAGCACGAAGGUCCUCCACUGCAAUCAGAGGGAUGGGAUGAUGGUGGAAGAGGUGGACGGCCUCAGCCUACAGACAUCCUACUUACUCCUGGGGUUGGUCUGUGGAUUUGUGGGUAUGGUCUUUUGCUUCGUCGUCUUCCUCAACCGCAGGGGCAUCGAGAAGUGGGUCGUGGAAAUGCGAGACGCAUGCCAGGACAUGAUGGAGGGUUACCAGUAUCGAUAUGAGAUCGACUCAGACCCCAGGAUCAGGCAAAUUGGCACUAAUGGCAAACUAGAGCAAACGAACAAACUCGAAGCUGGUCGCCAGAUACCUAACAAGACUUCUUUGUCUCAAAUUCCCGCUGACAUUGCAAUUUAGGCAAACGCGUUUUUUUGUGAUAGACUCCUCCACACGUUCGUCCUGGAUGGGAUGUCUUUGUGUGACAUAGCCUACUAUACAUAAAACCGUGAUCAGUGCGAAUGACCAAGGUUCCAGCUUUCUUUGUGAGAUUAAUGAAACUUUCAAGCAAUAGGCCUAAUAUUGCUCUUCAAAAGAUGCUCAGAACUGCCAGUUGAUAAAUUACCAGCCACUGCACUUGAUUGCCACUUUCAUUCAGCCAUAAACAGGAAACCUGUCUAAAAAACACAGUUGUUAAAACUCAAUAUUGUACACCCAUUGACUUUCCAUAUGAUGUAAAGUAUAUCUAAAUAUCGAGCCAUAUAAUUCUUCUUACACUCAUUUACACAUUUAACCGCAUGUACUGUUGUGCCCCGUCACCUAUGCAUGUGUGUGUCUAUGCUCCCUCCCUCCCACUCCAGCCUAUUGUGCACUUGUCCUCAUUCCCCAAAUGGCUUGGCUCACAUGGUGUAGUAGGCAGGAUGAUGAAGUGCCAACGAGGGAGAAAAUGAAGCAGGCUGAAGAAGUGCAUUAACCUGACUCUUGCCAGAUGAAUUUCACUCCACCUAGCUCCACUCAUCCAUCUGGAACCGAUUCAUUGGAAUGUUGUUUUUAGAAGGCUGGGCCUAAUCAAAAAAUGCUUGCAUAUGAUUGAAUAAGCACUUGUCCGUCAUCUAUUGACGU